CACAGGAAGAAGAGCGCAGUGCCGUAACGACCGCCGCCGGACGCGUGUGCGACUUUGGCGCGAGAACUUUUGAUUUCGAUUUUUUUCGUUUACGGACCGUGUCCAGACCUAAUUUUCGUAAACUUUGAUUUAUUUAUUCCGUAGACGCGUAGUAGAUAUAUUGAGUUUUACUCGUACUUUUCAUCUUUUACGCGCCCCUGGCGAUCCGUCGCGGACGACCACCGGCGGCGUGUGCCCCCGUGGGGCCGGUUCGGAUAUCCUCAAACAGAUUUCACCGGAGACGAAAGCAAACUGGAACUGUAAUAGUGACAGUGGUCGCGGUUGUGGUUGGAGUAACUGGUGACCAGCGUCAACAGUGGUGGAGGAGGUGGUGGUGGCGGUGGAGGUGGUGGAGGAGGAGGAGCCAUGCGAAAACCAAAGGGUCCGAGAAACAGUUACAACGAGUUUAAAUAAAUGUCACAAUUCUCGCAAAACACAUGUGUGUCUAUGUGCAACAUCCCGUGCUUGUUAAGUCAACGGUGGCUGCAGUGGUAGCAGUCAUAGUGUCACCGAAGAAACGUCAUAAUUUAACUGUUCUCGCGAGGAAUAAGCUUGGAAAAUUGACACUGUCGACUGAGUAAAUAUCAAUGGGGUGGAAGAUCGUCGUGUGGAUGAUAGAAUCCACGGUCGAGGUGCAUCUGGGUUCAACUGCAGAGAUGAGAACGCCAUGUUAAGGUUAACAUGGUAGGUGGUCACCAGCCGCAAUCGACGGGAGGCGCCAGCUGCACGGGCACUAUGAUGAACAUACUGAACAUAGACGCCGAGAACCGGGUGGUGCUGAACGUCGGCGGCAUCAGGCACGAGACCUACAAAGCGACCCUAAAGAAAAUACCCGCCACGAGAUUGAGCCGGCUGACCGAGGCGCUGGCCAACUACGACCCGGUGCUAAACGAAUACUUCUUCGACAGACAUCCGGGCGUAUUUGCUCAGGUCCUCAACUAUUACAGGACGGGUAAACUUCAUUACCCGACGGAUGUUUGCGGGCCGUUAUUCGAAGAGGAAUUGGAGUUUUGGGGUCUGGACGCGAAUCAAGUAGAACCCUGUUGCUGGAUGACCUACACUCAGCACAGGGAUACGCAAGAAACACUCGCGGUUUUGGAUCGACUAGAUCUGGAUACGGAGAAACCUAGUGAUGAAGAGAUGGCUCGAAAAUUCGGUUUCGAGGAGGCGUUCUUUCAGGGUAGACUCACCUGGUGGCAGCGUUUCAAGCCCCAGCUGUGGUCCAUGUUCGACGAACCGUACUCGUCGAACGCUGCCAAGAUCAUCGGCAUCGUGUCCGUGUUCUUCAUAUGCGUGUCGAUCCUGUCGUUUUGCCUGAAAACGCACCCGAACAUGCGGGUGCCGAUCAUCAAGAACAUCACGGUGAACACGUCGCACAACACGACCGCCUGGGUGUUGGACAAGACGCAGACGAACGCGCACGAGGCGUUCUUCUACAUCGAGUGCGUGUGCAACGCAUGGUUCACGUUCGAGAUUCUGGUGCGGUUCAUCGCGUCGCCGAACAAGUGCGAGUUCGUCAAGGCGUCGGUGAACAUCAUCGACUACAUCGCCACGCUGUCGUUCUACAUCGACCUGAUACUGCAGAAGUUCGCGUCGCACCUGGAAAACGCCGACAUACUCGAGUUCUUCUCGAUCAUCCGGAUCAUGAGGCUGUUCAAGCUCACCCGUCACUCGUCCGGGCUCAAGAUACUGAUGCAGACGUUCCGGGCGUCCGCCAAGGAGCUGACGCUGCUGGUGUUCUUCCUGGUGCUGGGCAUCGUGAUAUUCGCCAGCCUGGUGUACUACGCGGAGCGCAUCCAGGCCAACCCGCACAACGACUUCAACAGCAUACCGCUGGGCCUGUGGUGGGCCCUGGUCACCAUGACCACCGUCGGUUACGGCGACAUGGCCCCGAAGACGUACGUGGGCAUGUUCGUCGGCGCCCUCUGCGCCCUGGCCGGCGUGCUCACCAUCGCCCUGCCCGUUCCCGUCAUCGUUUCCAACUUUGCCAUGUACUACUCGCACACGCAGGCCCGGGCCAAGCUGCCCAAGAAGCGGCGCCGGGUGCUGCCCGUCGAACAGCCCCGCGGGCCCAGGCUGCCCGGCCAGGGCCCGCCGCCCCAGCAACAGAUGAACCAGCCCGGGUGCGGCUCGGGCGGCAUGGGCAUGGGCGGCGGCGGCGGCGGCCACGGCCCUUGCGCCGGCGUCGGCGGCCUACCGCCGAACGUGGCCGGGGCGCCGGUCAACACGACGGGCGUGCCGGCCGUCAACCGGCGGAUGAACGCCAUCAAGAGCAAUCAUCCCAAAGACGGGGCAGGACCCAAAGUCGUUGGUGUCGCUAUGACGUUGAACCCGAACGGCGUGGGAGUUAAAGCUGAACCAGUGAUGUCCACUGGUGUUGGUGGCGUCGGCGGACCGAGGAAACAGUCGGCCACAAAGACGUGAAUGGCUACGGCGGAUUACCGCGGUAGUGGAACGUUUAUUCUAAAAUACGAGUGGAAAUCAAGGAUCAAAAUCGUUAAUUAUUUUUUUUUUUGUUUUUAAGUUUCAUUGUUUUUUCUCGAGAAAACAAUAUACACUCCCGUUACGAUAUUAUAAUGAUGUAUUAUAUAAUAUAAUUUGUAUUCCGAGUAUUAUUAUUACUAUUCGACGGCAGUAGGUAUAUUUAUUUAUAAUAUAGUGUCAUAAUAUUGUUAUUAUUAUUAUUAUUAACCUUAGAGAGACUCCAGUCCUAUAAUGAUGUACAAAUUUAUCUUUUAAUACUAUUAAACUGCACACACACACAAAAAAAACGACCAAAACACGACCAAGUAAUGUGUAUGCAUUAAAUUCCGACCAAAGAUCCACAACGUUCGAAGGUACCUAUACGGGCGGCAGCCACUAAUUAGUAUAAUGUUGUACUUGCGCCCCCUCUCAUCGUCAUCGUUAGAAUAAUAAUAUUAUAAUACAGCCUCUCGUUGCUAUUGUAUUCGCAUCGAGUAACACGUGGUGUAAAUAUUUUGUUUUUUUUUUUUUUUACGCAACAUUUCAUUUUUGUUAACGGUUUCCUCAUAUUGUUAAAAUUAAUUUAUAUUAUCGAAAUAAUAACAAAUUGUCGUCACUCCCAGAAACCAUGGUCAUUUGGCUGUAUAUAAUAUUAUAAUACAUACGGAUUACGGGGUAAUUUUUCAUUUUAUAUUUAACGCGAGACACCCAUAAAACGUCACAAUAUUAACCUUAUAUAAAUGGUUUUAAGUUAUGCAAUUAAUACGUCUGAAACAAAAAUUAAAUUCAUACGAAAAAUUAAAUUUUUUUAUCUCACCUACACAUAAACAUCAAACAUGCAUAAUAUUAUAGUUAAUUAUAUAGAUUAGUUAGUUUUUGUACUUUUUUUAAAUUGAGUGGAUAUCCCUCGGCAAUCUUGCACUAGUUUAUAAAUUAAUAUCUAAACAGUAUAAACAAUAAACUAUUGGUCCAAGUAUAGGUACCUGUAAUGUCGUAUGUAUACAUAUUAAAAAUGUAUUCUCUGUCGAAAGAAUUAUAUUCUUAUCCGGUAUAUGAAAUAAAAAUGACAAGAUCAUUAAAAAAAUACCUUAUUAAAUAGAUGUUAAUAAUAUAAUAUAACCUACUUUUAAUCAAAAACUAUUUUUCACAGUGUCUUGCGUUACGAAAAUUCACCUCGUACAUGUAUUUAUAUAUUGUGAUAUUAGAUAGCUAAAUAUUCAUGGCAAGCGCGUCCGAUUAUAGUUGAAACGGACUUAUAUAAUAUAUUGGCCAUCGUCGGCGGUGGUGUGACCUCUGUACCCAAGUGAAUAUUAUAAUAUACGUAUGUACCUACUAAAAAUAUUAUGUGUAUAAUGUAUAAUAUUAUUAUUAUGCGUGUCGUUGAAUACGAAACAGCUGAACAAACCAAUAAUAAUAAUAGAUUUUUUUUUUUUUGUUGAUUGAAAAUCCUUAUUGUGGGAUUUGUACGGUUUUACAGAGAAAAAUUUGCUCACUUUUAAAAAAUAAUAAUAAAAUAUAAAAUAAAUAAUAGACUAUAUUAUAUUAUAUAUAAAAUGUGUUGCACAGAAUUAUUUUGUUUCUAUUCAACAACUACGUUACAACACAUUAUUAUUAUUAUUAUUAUUAAUAUUAUUCAGCAAAAACAUAAAAAAAAAAACAAAAAAAACAUUGACGAUUAUUUAUAUAUAUAUAUUAUACUUAUAUAAUUUAUUAAAUUUUUUUAUGUAUAUAAUAAUUACUCUAGUAGAUUAUUUAUACGUAGCAGUAUUAUCUACGAUCAUUUUUUGAAUGCACCAAAAAUAAUUAGACAAAAAUAAUAAUUUGCUUCGAUAAACAAUACAAAUUCAUAUUCUCAUUUAUAUAUUAUAUAUAUAUAAUAAUGUCGUUCUUAAAAUGUUUAUGAAAAAAUUAUAUUAUAUUAUGUAUUAAACGUUACACUUAAAUAUUGUAUUUAAAAACAUUUUAUACUCGUUUAGAACUAAAUUUAUUAUUAUCAUUAAACAUGAACAUGUUAUUAUACGAUAAUUCUAUUAUCUAUUUAUAAUCAAAUUAUUAUGUUUUAUAGUUAAAUUCUGUUUCUGUCCACGAAUACUUUUUUUCUUAUGUAUUUUUUUUUCUUUAUGUUAAUUGUAUAAGUUAUUAUUAUAUUAUUAUGUUUUGACAUUCAUUUUACGUUCCCUGGUUGUGAUUUUUAAGGUUGUUUUUAUGUUAUUUCUUUAUAAAGUUUUAUUACAUCAUUGUCGUUCAA